AUGAACAGCAGUGGUCCAGCAUAUCCUUUGGCUUCACUCUAUGUGGGUGAUCUGCACCCUGACGUCACGGAGGCCAUGCUUUAUCAAAAGUUCUCACCUGCUGGACCCAUCAUGUCCAUUCGUGUAUGCCGAGACAUCAUCACACGCAGGUCCCUCGGCUAUGCUUACAUUAACUUCCAGCAGCCUGCAGACGCUGAAUGUGCCCUUGAUACAAUGAACUAUGAAGUCAUAAAGGGUCGUCCAAUCAGGAUCAUGUGGUCACAGCGAGACCCUUGUCUAAGGAAGUCUGGAGUAGGGAAUGUUUUCAUCAAGAACAUGGACGAGUCCAUCGACAACAAGGCACUUUAUGACACUUUCUCUGCUUUUGGAAACAUUCUGUCAUGUAAGGUAGUUUGUGAUGAGCAUGGCUCGAAAGGUUAUGGGUUUGUGCACUUUGAGACACAAGAGGCAGCUAACCGAGCCAUUGAAACCAUGAACGGCAUGCUCCUGAAUGAUCGCAAAGUCUUUGUGGGACAUUUUAAAUCUCGUAAAGAGCGGGAGGCGGAGUUUGGAGCCAAGGCCAUGGAAUUUACCAAUGUUUACAUUAAGAAUUUUGGAGAGGACUUUGACAGUGAGAAACUGCGGAGCGUCUUCUCUGAAUACGGGAAGACCUUAAGUGUUCGUGUGAUGACGGAUGAAAAAGGACGUUCUCGUGGCUUUGGCUUUGUGAACUUUGAAAACCACAAUGACGCACAGAAAGCAGUAGCUGAGAUGAAUGGGAAGGAACUUAAUGGGAAGAUUCUGUAUGUGGGUAGGGCUCAGAAGAGACUAGAACGGCAGGGAGAACUCAAACGCAAGUUUGAGCAGAUCAAGCAGGAACGAUUAAAUCGCUACCAGGGGGUUAAUUUAUAUGUGAAGAAUCUGGAUGAUGGUGUUGAUGAUGACAAACUGAGGAAAGAGUUUUCACCAUAUGGUACUAUCACCAGUGCCAAGGUGAUGACCGAAGGAGGCCGCAGUAAGGGCUUUGGCUUUGUGUGCUUCUCCUCUCCUGAGGAAGCUACUAAAGCAGUGACUGAGAUGAACGGCCGCAUCGUCAGUACUAAGCCUCUCUAUGUUGCGCUGGCCCAAAGGAAGGAGGAGCGCAAGGCCAUCCUCACCAACCAGUACAUGCAGAGACUGGCCAGUGUGAGAGCCAUCCCUAGCCCUGCAAUGCCUGCUUAUCAGCAGAGCUCCGGCUACUACAUGCCUUCUAUGCCACAGCCUCAGGGACGUACCUUCUUUAGCGCUGUACCAAACCUACGGCCAGCACCACGCUUUACAGCACAAGCUCCCAGACCACAGGCGCCAUACUCUGCUCAUAUGAUGAGGUCAGCGAUGCCACGCAGGGCAUCCACCCCCAUCAGCACUGUGCGCCAGGCCUCCACCCAGGCACCAGGCAUUGUCCACACCCAGAGAAUGGCUCAUGUUGGGACACAGACAGCAGGUGGUCGAACUGUGGGAGGAGCAAUGAUGAGAGGAAUCAAUCAGUACAAGUACUCAAGUGGAGUCCGAAAUAUGCAGCAGGUUAUUAAUGUACCGCCUCCUGUUACACAGGUCAUGCCCCCUCCAGUCAUGGAGCCUGCUGUUCAUGUAAAAGGUCAGGAGCCCCUCACUCCAUCAAUGUUGGCAGCUGCACCUCUUUUGGAGCAGAAACAACUACUGGGUGAGCGUCUGUAUCCGCUGAUACAAGCCCUUCAUCCUAAUCUUGCUGGAAAAAUCACUGGCAUGCUGCUGGAAAUUGAUAACUCUGAAUUGCUGCACAUGCUUGAGUCUCCAGAGUCCCUGAAUGCCAAGGUUGAGGAGGCAGUAGCUGUGCUUCAAGCUCAUCAAGCCAAGGAAGUGUCCUCUAAGAAGUGAAGAUGCCUUCAGGCAGGCUUGAAUGUUGGGUUUUGCCUAAGAGCCGAAAGAGUGGGGGAAAGAAAAUGAGAAAUGGGGGGAAGAAAGAAAAUGGUUGUAGACUGCCUAGUCAAAUGUGACUAGUGUGAAGACUGUUCAGUGUUAUGUUUGUUCUGCUUUUGUUUAUAAAAAUGAAAAAAGGGGAAA